UCACCUUUUUGAUUGUAGACUUGCGGAUAAACGCCUCAAAACGUUAGGUCACUAUCUGAAGUGACAAGUCGUGGCGUGUACAACAAACGAGAACGAUUACCAGAAAUUAAAGGGAGCGAAAUCCUUUGAAUGUCAGCAAAGGAAAGGAUAAUGGUGCGCGUGCGAAUUGUUCGCUUAAUGUCCUGAUCAGUGAUCGUAUGGACAAUAAAGUGCAUACUACCAUCGAGUAAAAAAAAACUUUACGAUUGUAAAAAAAAAUGCUUGAUAAUUCGUCGCAAAUGAACGCAGUCGCUUCACAACAAUGCGUAAUUUUGUAUUACAACGUCAAAGUGAUUUAUAAAUUAUCUGUAAUCUGUAAACGUCAGCAAAUUACAUGCAACACAACUGUGAAAAUUGUUUACAAAUUAUGUGAGCGAUUACGUGCUGAGACGAACAAAUAUUUAACAAAACAAUACCAUUAAUAAAACAUUUGUUGAACAAACAAGUGAAAUAAACACACAAAAAAAAACAGAACUGAAUGAGUUUCCGAGAAACAGAAACGAAACAGGGCAAAAAGCAUAAAGAAGAUUUACAAAAUUAACAGCUUUUCGUGAAUUAUUAAACAACAAAUAGCCAUUGAAAAAAGCAAAAAGCAAAAACAAAACAAAGAUGGAGAAUCUCGGUUACAAGGAAGGCACUGCAAAGCCGCGACGCAUGGCACGCUCCAUUAGCGUGGUGACAAAGAGUGAGCUGGAACAACCAUUGACGGGUAACAAUGCGAGAUUCAAAUCGAUACCACCAAAUUUAAUGGUACGAUGGCGCAACAAUAAUGCGGACGCCAUGAUUGAGGCACAAUAUCCGACACCCGGUGAAUUCGAGUACAUGGAAUGUGGACCCUCGCCGCCCGCUGAAAGUGCACCCAGCAUGUAUGAUAGCUUCGAGGAGCCCACAAGCGAGCUGAGUGUACAAAUAUGCAACGACACCUUACGCAUCAGUCUGAUCGAUCAAAUGAAGAGCGCCGCCGGACGUGUGCGUUUUCUAGAGGAUAUCGAACAAGGCAAUGUGAUUGCGGAUAAUAUGAAAACACAUUUCGAAUCAGCAUCGAAAAUCGAAAAGAAUCUCAGUUACUUGUGGGCGGCAUUCUUAAAACGUUGGGACUUAUUACAAAGUUUUCUAGAUAUUGGCGCCGAAUUGAAUUUCUGUGAUCAGAAUGGCAUUUCAGCGUUACAUUUGGGCGCCUUUAGCGGUUGCCUAUCGACGUUGAGCUUUCUAGUCGGUAAGUGUAUGAAUGUGAACUUGCAACCGAAAUGCUAUACGCCAUUGCACUGUGCGGCAUUUGGCAAUUCGGCCGAAGCGGCCAAAUUUCUAAUCAACAAUAACGCACUCAUUACAAUCGACACCACCAAACCCAACUGCGAGGAGAGUCUACUGCACUGUGCAGUGCGUGCAAAUGCGCUCGAGUGCGUGCAGCUAUUCAUAGUUGAAGGUGCAGAUGUGAAUUCGCUAAAACCAAAUGGCACCAAUGCAAUACACCUUGCCGCAGAUCUGGGUAAUGCGCAGUGCUUGGAAGCACUGCUGAACGCGCCUGGCGCCGAUCCGAAUGUGCGCAUUUGCAUACGGGAGAAGGAAUCGACAGCGUUGCAUUUGGCCGCGGAUGAAGGCAAUGUGGAGUGCGUCGAUUUGCUGCUGGCAAAGGGUGCCGACGCGAAACUGAAGAAUCAUCGUGGCUUUACAGCUUUGCAUUUGGCGGCGCGCACCUCCAGUUUAGAAUGUGUGGAGUCGCUGCUGCGCAACGGCAAUGCUGAUCCGAAUGCCGAAGACUUUGAUCAUCGCACGCCAUUGCAUGCGGCGAUCGGCAAGUCAGAAAAUGCUUUUGACAUACUCGAGACGCUGAUACAGUGGGGCGCCAAUGUCAAUCAUAAGGACAUUUACGGCUUCACAGCACUGCAUUUGGCCGCGCUUGACGGUUUGGCGCAAUGCGUCGAAAUGCUGAUCUUUCACGGCGCAGAUGUGACUACGAAAUCGAAAAAGGGCACUUCAGCAUUGAAUGUGAUCACGCGUAAGACACCCGCUUCAGUAGCGAUGAUUAGGCAAAAACUGGAUGCCGCCAUCACAUUACAUCACUCACAGGACGCGGUCAAUCGUGAGGUGGAAUUGGAAUUGGACUUUCGUCAACUGCUGCAACACUGUCAUCCACGUGAGAUUAGCUAUCUGAAUACAUUCGUGGACGAAGGACAAAAAGAAAUACUCGAGCAUCCAUUGUGCUCUUCCUUUCUCUACAUCAAGUGGGGCAAGAUACGCAAAUACUAUAUAGGACGCCUUAUUUUCUGUUUCACCUUCGUGCUCUUUCUCACACUCUACGUACUGACGGCACUCGCGCACAACUGCUACAACGGCAGCAAGGACGACAAUACGACCAUACAGGCGCAGGAGCUGUGCCAAAAGCAAUCCAUACUCGGCGACAUGCUACGCAAUAAUCCAUUCGUAAUGGAGAUGCAGUGGUGGGUGUUGGUCGCCAUUACAAUCGUCGAGAUAUUUCGCAAGCUCUAUGGCAUUACCGGCUAUUCAACAUUCAAGCAUUAUGUGACGCAGGUGGAAAACAUUAUGGAGUGGUUCGUGAUCACGAGUGUCUUUAUAAUCUCCUACAUAUACACGAAACAGACAUACACUUUUCAAAAUCACAUAGGCGCAUUUGCGGUGCUGCUGGGUUGGACAAAUUUGAUGUUGAUGAUCGGCCAGUUGCCAGUCUUCGAUGUCUAUGUGGCAAUGUAUACACGUGUGCAAGGUGAAUUCGCGAAACUUUUCAUGGCCUACUCGUGCAUGUUGAUCGGUUUCACCAUCAGCUUUUGUGUGAUCUUUCCCUCAUCUUCGUCUUUCGCAAAUCCCUUCAUGGGUUUCAUCACUGUGCUGGUAAUGAUGAUCGGCGAGCAAGAUCUUUCGCUACUAAUCAACGAUCCAGACGGCAAAGAUCCACCCUUCUUGUUGGAGGUGAGCGCGCAAAUCACUUUUGUGCUUUUUCUGCUCUUCGUCACCAUCAUACUGAUGAACCUGCUAGUCGGUAUUGCCGUACACGACAUACAGGGCUUGAAGAAGACUGCAGGGCUAUCGAAAUUGGUGCGUCAAACCAAACUCAUAUCUUAUAUAGAGUCGGCGCUCUUUAACGGUUAUCUACCACCUUGGCUACGUAAUCUCUUACACUACACGGCACUAGUCUCGCCACAAGCCUAUCGAGUUGUAUUGUGUGUAAAACCACUAAAUCCCAGCGAGAAACGUUUACCACGCGAGAUACUCAUGAAGGCCUACGAAGUUGGAAAAAUGCGUAAACAUUUUGGUCAUACCAUAUCGGCAAAGGGCACUGCAGCUACCUAUUUGCAAUACAAAAACAAAUACAAUGACAAUCAGACGCAAAGCUAUGCGACAGACGAUUUGGAAACAGCACAUUUUAAUACGCUAACGUCAAAGAUCGACGACAAUGCGGAGCGCAUUGAGUUCCUCACGCAGGAAAUUCAAGAGCUGAAGCAGGUGUUGAUUACACAACAGCAGCAGGCGAGCAAAGUGAUCGAUAAGCUAUUGAUAGUGAUUUCAAAUCAACAAAAGAAUAAUUUAAGAAAAUGAGUAACGAUGGAAAAACUGUCAUAACACAAACAAAAAUAAAACAAAAUAUGGAGUAUUAUUUAGAUGAAUAUUGUAUAUGUAUGUAAAAGUAUGCUAGUGUUAGGUGAGAUGUUGUGGGCUUUAAAAAAGGAUCAGUAUACUAUAAAUAGCAAAUAAUCGCCUUAUUUUAAGCAAAAAUUCGAAAAUUUUAAAAAGGAAGGUUUGGGGAGAAACUCGUAUUGAAUUUAUUUCGCUUUUAAAGUUAAGUUAGUUCACUGUUGCAUACAAAGUGAGCCGCAAAAUUGGUAGUACAUAUAGUAAAUAUUAUUUAUAUAUAAAAUUUAUGAGACAAAUAUAUUUUAUUUUGAUUUAUUUAUUUUCUUACAAAAUUUUUGUACAGCUUCAAUACAACAAUGCCUCUUAAGAAAUUUACCUUCUAUUACUGAUGAAAUUGUAUUCUCACUAAAAACAUAUACCAAUUCAGUAUUUAAUGAAAAGUGGUAAAAAAAAUUCUAAACUACGAUCUAAACGGCAAAGUUCUCUAGUGGAUUCAAAGCUUGAAUUAUUUGAUGUCAAGUGAAAAUUGUCUUUAGCUUAACUAUUUUCCUUAUAUAUAUAUAAAUUUAAAAAUAAAUUAAAAUCUUAUUAAAAAUACAUUAAAAGCUGAUUAUCCCUUUUAUAAGCUCGCAAUUUUCUUUUUUCUUUUCCAAGUCCAUUU